AUGGCUACAGAUACACCUGCAACAACCAAAAAAGAUGGAAGAGGAAAACCAAAAACCAAAUCCAUUUCAAGAUCAACCAAAGCUGGUCUCCAGUUCCCCGUUGGCCGUUUUGCUCGCUUCCUCAAAGCAGGUCGUUACACUCAACAUGUCGGUUCUGGUUCACCGGUUUACCUCUCCGCCAUUCUAGAAUACCUCUGCGCUGAGACUUUGGAACUUACGGAUUCAAUUGCAGCUUCACGUGAUACUUUGGCGUGUUGGGAUGGAGGAAAAGUAUUAAAAGCAUGGGGCCGCUGGACACGUGUCGUGUGUGGAAGCGUGGUAGGUGCGGCUACAGCUGUACUAGUGUUGGAACUCACAACUUCCAAACUUGCUUUAGCACGUGAAGAUGCAGAGUGGUUGGGAAAAUCAAACGUAUCUCUUAAAGCCUCAUUAGUUAUAUCUGUAAACUUAGAUUGA